UUGGAUUAUGAAGAUCUUCGUAUGCUUUUAGAUUACUCUAUCCAGACGUCCUUCACUUUAAAAGUUUUUACAUUAUUGAAUGUCACAUCCAAAGUAGCCAAAGGCAAAGGCAGUUAUGUUCUUCUUUUCCUUCUAUACUUACUGAAAAAUGGCAAGGUAGAGAUUCAUAGCAAAGUUGCCUUUUGGAAGCAGUUUUAUUCUAGUGAUUGUUUGUACAUCGCAAGGAAAUAAAAACAAAAUGAAAGGUUAUAAUCUGGCAAAGAUAUUUGUGAACUGCGAUUAUUCGUGGCACAAAUCAUGAUAAAGACAAAGGAUAUAACAAUUAUAUGCCAAUGGCAAAUUUUGUAAGUAUCUUCUUCCAUUUACAAGUACGGAAAGGGCGUGUGCCGUAUCGCAUACACCAUUUAAUCGAACUAGUAUUUGGAAGGCAGAAAACGGGAGGUCCUAUGCGUAUGUUUGUCGGAAUACAAUCCUUACCACGUAUACACUGGGCCAACUCACCCAUGACCUGACUUUCGGCGAUCAGGCAUGGUGAGUAAACGUUAGACAGGCCACAUUAGAAGUGUUCAAAACAGUUUAUCUAAGCCGUGACGAGACAAAGCAUACCUAAAGGGACAGGUGCCUUAAAACAGCAUCCAGUGUCUGCAAUGUCAAUACAUGGGGCAUAUUACGGGCGAUUUGAAAGCAAUUAAGUACGGUUUCUUCAAAUUGAAGUAUUUGCUGAGUGGGUGUGAAUGGGAUUGUGUUUGGGAUGACCGGGGGUGCACAUGGAAGGCGUGUGUUUAGUCCAGGGGGUCGCGACAAGUUUACGUUUUCCGCUGAACAUGAGAUAUAAACAGCGGGGGGAGUUUGUUUGCCUGUUGACGAUCCUUACCCACCACCACCCGAUCCAUGGCUACCGCCCGGCUCAGGUGACUAACCAAACCAACCGCCUCCUUACCACCAGAUUCCCUUGCAGCGCUACAACAAAACAAUCGGUGUCGGGUGUCCCGUUGGAGUCCGGAUUGCUUUCAAACUUAAUCUGCAUGAUUUGAACGGGUAAGGGGCUUCGUAGUUAAAUUUACAGCUAUUCCAGCUGCGACAAACUUCUCCGUGAACUGCGCGAGGUUGAUCAAGUGCCGCGAAGGUCUUGCUCAUCUGCAGUCUCUACAAAACACUGCUUCACCGCGAAACGUCACUACUGGACAUGUACCUAAAGAGGACAGCAAGUAGGUGGGAGAGAGAUCAGGUAGCGAAAGGAAACACCGCAGGUGGCACAGAUUUCUGUCGUCUGAAGACGACUUGGGUACCGAUGUGCGCAUCAUCUGAUCCAUGCAGCAGCUAAUCCUGACCGAGUACAGGACCAUCAGGUGCAAUAAGGUGUUCGACCUGUCUCCGGAAUCCCGGUCGAACCGCAGACGCCGCGGCCUCGUGGGGAAGACCCGGAAAGACAAGGGACGUCAGGUGCUACAAGAGAAGAUAUUCGCCAGAACAAAGAAGAAGACAGCGAUACCUGCGGUCACCAAGUCAACACUACCGUCCAUCCCGGGACCCAGACACAGAGUACAAGUAGACGUAGAUCCAAACAGCGGCUUCAGGGCGAGAGAGGGGCCGUUCCUGCCGCAUCUGCCCCGGCCCAACAGAGCAGAGAGACAGAGUCCCAACGACUUCGAACUCCACAGCAUUGUGGAGAUUCUGAACCUGAAGAAGAAGGAACUCCACAGCCUGCCCGAACAGAAACCAGACAUGGUGAUGGCCAGGAGUCAUCGCAGCCCCCCGGCCAAAAACAUGCGGAUCCCAAAGGACCUGCCCAUGACUAUAAAGAGUUACCGUGACGGCGAGGGUGGAGACGGGACUCAAAUCCUCAGACCUCCGAGGCAAAUUGUGGUUGUGGUGCCGUCAGUAGCACUGGAGUCCCCGAGAAAAACAGUGAAGCAAACACAGCUGGUCAUGGUGGACGGCAAGGCUAGCGAACAACCUCAGGCUCCGCCCAUCCAGGGUGAGAGUUUUGGCCGGCUGACCGGCAAAUAUCUGACCCGGCGGCCUUCACAGGAGCACAGGGCCGGCCACUUCAACAACUUCCGCCAGUACCUGCAGCGCAGCAAGUCCCGCAAGGCAGCGCCUCUUGCACCUGCUCCCAUUGCUUCCACGCAGGACAAGAAGAUUCUAAACGUCAGCGGCAGGAACAACAUCCCCACGUUACCCGUCAUUCCCUCCAUCCGGUCAGACGAGAUCAAGACGGUCAUGAGCGAGAACGGGGUCGUUUUAAACGGGGACUUUCCCGCCAACUUGUCGGGCGUUUCCUCCGAGGACACGUCGAGCUCGAUACGGUCCGAGCUGGGGAAAGUGUUGUCAAACUCAUCAAGCUCUAAAUCAAGCGCGGACAACAACAAUAACAAUAGUAAUAGCAACAUCAUCCGUGUGAAAAGAAUCUCCCAUCCGCAACAGAAAAUGAGAAGGACGAAGGACAGACAAGGACGCGACUCCGGGAAUGAGAGUAGCGACAGUUUAGAAGGUUUGAAGGACGGAUCUACAACUGAGGAAAGAUCUCGUCCGAGAUGGUCGCCAGGACAGAGACGUUACGUCGUGGACAAAUCGCACAUCCACCAGCAAAUGGUGUCCAAAAACGGAUACUCUGUAGCAAGGAGAUACUUCGGAGAACAAGACAGGGAGAAAUACAGGUCCGGCUUGCCUUCGGUCCUGCAGUCCGACCAGGAUUACUUGACGAGAACAAUCAACGGGAACCCUAACAAGGGAAAGAGCGGGAACCACAUCGUGUAUGUACAGAAGACACACAGCAUCCGGCGGCGCAGAGAAAGCGGGGACAGCGCCACGGACGCACAGAUGAGAUAUCGCGAGCCCAAGCGGAUUUUGGGCCAGGUCGCAGGGCACCGUAACCAUGGUAACCCGCCGCCCAGUCCCGUUGAUACAGACUUUAAGGUGAAACCGAAACGGCAGGUUGAGUACAGUCGCCCGGAUAGCGGGGUGGCCACGCGGAACUCGGACAGUACGGCACGCACGGACAGUAGCGGCGUGCACUCAGAAGUCCGGAAACAACCCGCGAUGAAAACACCUGCCAUUUGGGACGAAACGUUCACGAUGAGAGUCACCGAGGAUGAAUCGCCCUCUAGCGAGUCCGACACGGAAUCCAUACCCAAACCCAUCACCAUGAUCAGCAUCAACCAGUCCGAACAACAGAUGCCCAACAGUCAUCAUCAUCACACAACGCCGUCAGAGACGACAGAGUUGUAUAGGGGCGGGUACGGAAGGGUUCAUCAGGACAUUGACAAUAGGAGUCUGCUCUCCGUGCCCGACACGGAAUCACUACGCGCUAACACGCCCGCGCCAAAAGUUCUCAGCGAUGCAGACGACACGGAAUCGACGUCCACAAUCUCCGUGCCAAAGAUCACCAUGACUUGUGCCACCCCCCUCCCCCCACGGGCUACUCCGUCGAUUACCCCGCCCCCCUCCGACGGACUCAGACUAUUUGUCAGUGACAUUGAGAGAGUCGGAGGGGCCAUUAAUAGAUGAAGUGUAAUGUUAGUCCAUGCGUCAAUACAAUGUGUUUUCGGUUUGCUUCAUUCUAGUACAUUACAUGUAUUUGUUAAUGUCAAUGUUUGAAUCGUUCUGAUGUGUAGGUUGUUGCUACCGUUGUUCCUGGUCAAAACUUCGACUUGACGAACCAAGACAGAUCGUUUGGAGGGAGGAAAAAUGAAUGAAAACAUUCAAAAGUGUGCAAUUGGUGUAAUGGAAAAAUUGUGAUAGCAGCACAAAAAGUUAGCAGAAGAAAAGGUUCGGAAGAAAAGAAAGCCUGGACGGCCGACGUACCGGUCUAUUUCAAAUUCUCUUAAAAGUCUCUUAAGCUGCGCUAUUAAAGCAAGCCAUUCUGGUUUAGAAUUUGGUGAGACAACAUUGUUUUAGACUAAGCUGAACCUUAUCAAAGAAAUAAAUGACAAUGCUGCAGAAAUUUUACUUUAAAAACGUUACUUCCCUCUCUUCUUCUUGGUCCAUCAACAUCGAAGGUUGAGCAAUUGUAUGAAAUCAAUAUAGGAUGUAAGAUAAGAUACCCCACAUGUGUAGAAUAAUUUAGAAGGGGUAAUUCUAAAUGGAUUACAUAGGAUAAUUGAUGCUUUCAUUGGUAAAUGUAUUUUCAUGUUUCCACUUGCUUCAAAUGAUGCAUUGAUUAAAUGUGUUACACUCUUA